AACCAAACACUCUCUCUCUCUCUCUUGUACAGGUAUAUAAAAAGCACUUCUCAUUAAGUACUUGUUAAGAGUUGUGAAGAGAAGGCACUUCUGAGUCUCUCUCAGUUCUGUUUUUCAAGGCUACAGUCACCAACCAUCCACUUCGGUUGGUGGUUGGUUCAAAAGCUUUAUUGAAAAACAAGCUCCGAAGAUCAAAAUGCUGAACUGGGUUUGAUUCACAUUUCAUCAAAGCAGAGCCCGUUGGAUUUCCCACCUUAGCAUCUUCUCUCUCUUCCCGUUUCAGAAUGGCCAAUAGAAGCUUAGUCCAAUGGUUCUACAUACUAUUUUGUCUACUGAUUUUUCUGAAAACAGAAGGAUUCUUUGUUGGUAUAACUUACGUUCAGAACGCUGUGGCAAAAGGAGCAGUUUGUUUGGAUGGGAGUCCACCAGCAUACCAUAUUGACAAGGGAUUCGGAGCUGGAAUAAAUAAUUGGUUGGUUCACAUCGAGGGAGGAGGGUGGUGUAACAAUGCGACAACUUGUCUUGCGCGUAAGAACACCCGUCUAGGUUCGUCUAAACAAAUGGCGAAGCAAGUUGCUUUUUCUGGGAUUUUCAGCAACAAGCCAAAAUUUAAUCCAGACUUCUAUAAUUGGAACAGAAUCAAGGUCAGGUACUGUGAUGGGGCAUCAUUUACCGGUGAUGUGGAAGCAGUCAAUCCUGCUACGAAUCUUCACUACAGAGGUGCACGGGUUUUUCUUGCUGUUAUUGAGGAUCUAUUAGCAAAAGGAAUGAAGAGUGCUGAAAACGCUAUUCUCUCUGGCUGUUCUGCUGGUGGCUUGACUUCCAUAUUGCAUUGUGAUAACUUUCGAUCUCUAGUACCCAUGGGCACUAAAGUGAAAUGCCUUUCAGAUGCUGGCUUUUUUAUCAACGCGAAGGAUGUUUCUGGAGCACAACACAUUGAAGGCUUCUAUAAUGAAGUAGUGGCAACACAUGGAUCAGCAAAGAAUUUGCCCCAAUCCUGUACUUCAAAACUGAGACCUGGUUUGUGCUUUUUCCCUCAAUACAUGGCGCAACAAAUUUCAACUCCACUUUUCCUAGUAAAUGCAGCCUAUGAUUCAUGGCAGAUAAAGAACAUUUUAGCACCGGGUGUUGCUGAUCCACACGGCAUCUGGCAUAACUGCAAGCUUGAUAUAGAGAAAUGCUCAACUACUCAACUAAACACCAUGCAAGCUUUCAGGUUGGAAUUUUUAAAUGCAGUGUCUGGAUUGGGCGGCUCUACAUCCAGAGGACUCUUUAUCAACUCUUGUUACGCCCACUGCCAAACUGAAACGCAGGAGACCUGGUUGAGGAGUGAUUCUCCCACACUGGGUGGUAUUUCAAUUGCAAAGGCAGUUGGAGACUGGUAUUAUGACCGGAGUUCGUUCCAAAAGAUAGAUUGCCCUUACCCUUGUGACAAAACCUGCCACAAUCGCAUUUUCGAUCCACAAGAUCACCCAUCAGUAUAGAUUUAAUGCACCAAGAUGCAUAUUCUUUGGGUAGAUAAUAUUAAGCUUGGGUAAGAAAAAGUUCAUGAUCUAUCAAGCACUCAAAAUAAGCAAAUAUGCACUAAAGCUGUGCAUUAGGUACUUUUAUUUAUGUUUAUGUGGAAUAAUUAAUAUUUCAUCAAUAAAAUAAAUCGAUUCGGCUUUAUUUCAA